AUGGCGGUCUGCAACUACACCUACCUCAAGCUGAAGAUGCCAGGACCGAACAGCGUCAUCACAGUGAGCGGCUCCUUUGAAGAGAUGUACAGCUGUAGCCGCCAGCACUUCAAGCUCGCCACAAUCAUCGCCAACUCCGCUAAGCUCAAGAGGCUUCGCGAGGCAGCGGUGGAAGACGCUCAUGACCACAAUGAGCCAACCCUGUCCAGCGCCUUACGCCUGACUGAGGAUACCAAGGCGAUCGGGGUCGACCCUAACGACCCGACCAAGACCGUGCGGAUCGGGACCCAGCUUCCGACCAAAUAG